UCAGUUGACAGGAUUGCUUCUUCGGAAUCCUGUUACGGUAACUGCGUACCUUCCCUUCCCCACAACUUUCAAAAAUACGGUUAAAUUAGUCCCGCCGCUUAAAUUCAUAGUAGAAUCUGGUAUAUAAACAGACUACAUGCGGGAGAAAGGAUGUCUUGAUUCUUUUCUCGCUGUCUAUCAUGAUGCCAGUAGAAACGUUCCUUCCAAUAGAGACUCAAAUUCUCAUUGUGGGAGCAGGUCCCACUGGGCUAGCGGCUGCAAUAUCACUCAUCUGUAAUGGGAUCAAGCCCUCCAACCUCACAAUCGUAGAUUGCGUAAGGGAAGGAGCAAAUACUUCCAGAGCAAUCGGUAUACAUGCUGCUACCCUUGAGGCUCUGGACACCUAUGGAUGUGCUUCCAAAUUAGUUGAACUGGGAAUCCAGGGCGCAAGCUGGAGUAUAGGAGAUCGAAAUUCGAUUAUCUUUCAAGCGAACUUUCAUUACAAUGCUCCUUACACCAAGUACCCAUUUGUCUUAAUCCUCGAUCAAACUGCUACGGAGCAUGUAUUGGAGGAGAGGCUCAGAGAAUUGGGCAUCGAAGUAAAGAGACCUUUGCGAGUUGUGGGAAUGAAAGAUAGCGGGGAGGGCAAAGGCACUGAUAUCCUAUUCGAGUCAGGAGAGAUAGUGAGGUCAAAGUAUGUCAUAGGUGCAGAUGGUGCUAGGUCUAUGGUCCGCCAGCUGUCUGGUAUCAACUUUGCAGAUCCAGAUGGUAAAUCGGUCGAUGAUUCUAUCGAUGACCGAGUAGCCCAAAUGGUUCUAGCAGACGUUUCUCUUUCCAUUUCAGAGGAUCAAGCAGCUCUUCUCCCCUCCGGAGUAUCUGCAACCCUAUCGGAGACUGGGAUGUUCGUCGUAAUCCCUUUGGGCAAACCUGCGGUCAGCGAACUACUGUACAAUUCAUCUGAGAAUGUGUACCGUAUUGGGUUCAACGUCCCUCGAGCGCUGGGAGAACCACCAUCGAAACCUUCUUUGGAAUACAUUCAAAGCAGUAUGGAUGAACAGGCUCCGUUCAGCCUAUGCUCCGAUCCGAAAGUCAAUCCAAAGCCUGUGAGGAUUUCGAAAGUACACUGGUCAACUCGUUUCCGAACACAUUCCGCUCUCGCCGACGUUUUCUUCAAACGCGUACACGGAGGCCUUGUGUUCCUUGUGGGAGAUGCGGCCCAUGUACAUUCACCUGUGGGUGGCCAGAUGAGUAUUUCACUUGAAGUUGGAUUCUUCAAAUGUGAGUUUGCUAAUUUCUUCCGAAAUUUCCAAGGUAUGAACUUGGGCCUACGAGACGCAACUGGUCUUGGCCCUAUUCUAGUGGAACACAUCAGACAGAGGGAGGAACAAUGUGAUCAAUCCAAGUCGAAUUCCGACACGGUCGAUACGAUGGCCCUGGAAAAAUACGCCGCCUCUCGAAGAAUCCGCGGAUUGGACAACAUCAGGCUCACUAAAAACAUGAUUAAUGUUUUCAACUUUGUGUUGAAACCGCAUCUUUUCAGUUGGCCGAUAUGGGUUUUCAGACUGCUUUCGCAUGUCGCGAUAUUUCAGAGCAGACUUGUCUAUAGGUUCAGUGGACUUGGAAACCAGUGACAAUGGUGAAUCAAAUCUCGCAAGCCAGAGUGAAGAAAGAUUGUUCUCUCAUUGGAACUUCUGGAGUUGGCACCGUGGAUACUUGUUUCGUGUUAUGUUACCAUAGCCAGAGGAAAACACGAUGACUACGAGGAAACCUGAGGGCGGAACGAGUGUCGGCAGAAUCCGUAAGUGACAUCGCGACUCGUGAGAGUGGAAUGGUCAUUUUGGAUUGUGCACGCGUCGAGCGUGACAGUUCGUGUC